UUGAUUUUGAUUUUUUCAUUUUUUUUCAUUUGCCAGUUUGAUUCGUAAAACAAAAAUCCAAUCAUCUUUUUGGAAUAUAGUGAUUUAAAUAGAUAUUUAAAAAAAAUGAUCAACCAUCAUUAUUGUUCAACAUUACGUUUAUCAUCAUUUAUGAUGAUAACAAUUUUUCUAUCAUCAUCAUUAUUAUUAAUAACAAUGAUUUUAAUCACAAAUAUUGAUAAUGUUGAUGGACAAUUUUUUACUAAAACAUCUAAAUCAAUACCAAGAAUGGGUAGAAAAGUGGAUAAUAGUUUAAUUAUGGAAUCGGAGGAUUUACCAAUAUCAGAUCGAAUCAAUGACUAUGAUCGAAUUCCAUCAACAUUUUGGAAUCAUCAACAACAACAACCGAAUAAUCAAACCAAUCUAUUACAUCGGCUAUUUGUUCAAAUUGCACGUUUAUUUCGUCAAUCACCUCAAGCAUAUUGAAAAAAAAAAUUUUUCAACAAAACAUUCUCAUCAAUAACAACCAGAAAAUCCAAACAAAAAAGUCAUUGAUUACCAAACAACAGAAAUUUUGUAAAAAUAUUUUUUCCACAAACUUUUUCAUUUAUUUAUCGAAAUUAUUCAGAUUAAAUCAACCAAAUACAACAACAAAAACAGAAAUGAAUUUU